AUGUCAGCUCCCUGGCAAAUACGCUGCAAUAAAAGAUCCAGAACUAAGAAAGGAAGCGCUGAAAUGGACAAUAUGGCAGACAGAAGUGAAAGAAUACAGAUGGAAAAAAAAAUCACAUUACUAAAUGGAGUUUAUUUAAUUGUAGGGAACAUGAUUGCCUCUGGAAUAUUUGUAUCACCCAUACCUGUUUUACUGUACAGUGCUUCCUAUGGACUCUCUCUCGUCAUCUGGGCACUCGCUGGGAUAUUCUCGCUGUUCGGAGCUUUGUGUUAUGCUGAACUGGGAACAUCUAUUGUUAAAUCUGGAGGUUAUUAUACCUAUCUUCUGGAAACAUUUGGUGCUUUUGUGGCCUUCAUCAGCCUGUGGUGUUACUUGCUAAUUACUGAACCAACAACUCAGGCAGUGAGAGCAAUCACAUUUGCUAACUACAUCGUUCAACCAAUUUUUCCUGAUUGUGAGCUGCCAUAUGAUGCAGUCAGGUUAAUUGCAGCUGCUUGUGUUUGUUCCCUAACAUUUAUGAAUUGUGUUAAUGUGAGGUGGGGAAGCUGUGUACAAGGUUUGUUCACAUUUGUGAAAGUUAUGGGUCUUAUCUUGGUGAUAGUUGUUGGCCUUUACAAAAUCGCUAAAGGAGAAACGGAAAACCUGAGAGCUCCGUUCCAGGGCUCAACAACAAACCUGGGGAGCAUCGUGCUUGCUUUCUACUUUGCCCUCUUCUCCUACAGGGGAUGGGACAUACUCAACUAUGUCACUGAAGAUAUGCAGAAUCCUGAGAGGAAUCUACCUCUUUCUAUUACAAUUUCAGUGCCUAUUGUGACUAUUAUUUACUUGCUGACUAAUACAGCGUACUAUGUCGUGUUGGACAUGUCAACUCUCCUCACAAGUGAGGUGGUGCCUGUGACGUUUGGCAAUGAAGUCCUUGGUUAUGCUAAGUGGAUAAUUCCUAUAGCAGUGGCCAUGUCUUGCUACAGUGGGUUAAACUCAUCAAUAAUUGCAACAUCCAGGCUUUUUUAUGUUGGUGCCAGGGAAGGACACCUCCCUGAGAGCCUGAGAUUGAUUCAUGUAAAGCACUUCACACCAGUCCCUGCUCUCCUCUUCAAC